UCGCCAAACUCAGAGCAAUGCGUGUCUUACACUCGAAUCUAUUAGUGCUAAGUGCUGGCCUGUUGGUCCUCCUUGCAGUGUCAACCAGACAGACACAAGCGGAUGUUCAGCAGCUGACUUUGGCGGAUGUAAAUCAGGCAAAUGAACAGCAGGAGACUCCGGGAAUUCGUCAGGCGCGACAGUUUGGAUUUGGAGGGCGUCGCGGAGGUUUCGGUCGGCGUGGAGGCUUUGGCGGAGGCUUUGGACGUGGAGGUUUCGGACGUGGAGGUUUCGGUGGUCGUGGAUUUGGAGGACCUGGCUUUGGAGGACCACGUUUUGGUGGCUUCUAUCCUCCACCACCACCACCUUUCUUUGGCGGACCAUUUUACGGCUGAAUUUUGGAAAUUAAAUGAGUUUGCUAUUUGAUAAGACCAAUAAAAUGAUAUUAAAUUAGGAAUAAAUGUAUAUAGAAAACGUAUUUUCAUUGUGUAAAAAAACUGCUUAAAUACAUAAUUAAUCUGAUUA